GAUAAACAACUCCUAUUUAAGAAACCAAACCAAGCAUUCUAAAAGCACUAAAAAAGAGCAACAAAGUAAAACUAAGCUACAAAUCUCAAACCCUAAAAUAACACACGAUUCGUUUUUGUUUCAAGCAAUAGUAGUGAAUAUGAAGAAGAUGAAGUUUCAUGCGAUCUUUGUUACCGUUUUGCUCUUACUUUUUGGUCUCUUUGAGUUGGGUAUGUGCAUGAGUUUUGGACGUAAAAUCAUGAGAGCAAGCAAGGAAAUUCCAGUCGAUUCUCCUGAAAUCCAAAGGUUCGCUGUUUCCGCCGUUGAACAACACAACAUCCAAAAGAAUGACGUUCUUGAAUUUGUAAAGGUAUUGAAAGCCAAAGAACAGGUUGCAGCAGCUAGAAUAUAUCAUAUUACCCCGGAAAGAGGAAGAUAUAUGAAGCCAAAAUAUGGGUGCGUCCAUGGAUGAAUGUAAACAUGACGCAGGUGCAAGAAUUCAAACUUGCUCAUGACUUCUGUCAAGAUGAUUUACUAGUAGACAAUAUGUAAUUGGCUAAGAUAUUUUAGUCUUUUCCAGUACCUAGUACUCUAUUGUAACUCUUACUUUGAGGAAUUUGUCAUUCUAAUGAAACCCUAGUCGUAUUUGUAUUUGUUGUUCUA